UAUGAAAACGUGGUCACGUUUGCCGUUUGCGGGGAGAAAAAAAAGUCAAUCUAAAACUCUCUAAUAAAACAAUAGCCAAUGACAAGAGAAURUGAAGUAAGUUACUUCAUAUUCUCUUGCCAAUGAUAAUGAAUUUGGAGCUAAGCAAUACCCUACAAAACAAAACCCUACCGCGGAAUACAAUGAAGCUUCAGGCUGCAAUAAGAAAUGACCCAAAUAAAAGUCUUCAAUCAGUCUUCAAAARAACCCACACAUUUUCGCUCGCUAUCACCUCAGUAGGUCACUUAUGACAGUCACAUGGCAACUGCCAUUACGUAUUUUACGGGCUUUGCGUAUUGUGUCAGUAUAGUUCCGUCAACAGUUCAGUGUUUGCAUUGUUGUCAAAACCUAAUCUCGUGAAAAAGAUCAACGCCCUCCCUGCUGAGGACGGAAGCAUGACUAAAUUCAUCAAUUGUUUCCUUUACAUUUCGCUCAAGCGUCGUGACACUUUCGUUUUCCAAAAGUACAAACCUGGUUGAUCAGAUCGGUUUCUGUGAUUUAAAACUAGUAUUGUUCAAUGCUCAAUAUUUCAGUGAUGAUGGAAAACUGCACUAAUAGAUUUUUUAUUAUCCUGUUGUUGCUGUUAACUAUCGUGCAAGAGACAAGUCAAGACAAGCAAGUGACCUAUCUCCUGGCCAGACCCGCGGAGAACUGUACCUCAGCCUGUGCGUCCCGCGGGAUGUCCUGUAUAGAGGUUGGYGCAUUCCCGUACAAUGCAUUGUCCAUCUUCCACUCUAUCAAUGUGACUUGUACCACGCCUGAGGAAACGAGUUGGUAUUACUAUCCCGACAGUCCUAACUACGGUGUAUCUAGAGAUUGGAAAGGACGAUGUAUGGGCUUUAAAGGCCUGAAUGAAACUGUGCAUCUUACCCAGUGUGGUAGAGGAGGCAACCCAACGAUACGAAGGCUUUGCCCGUGUGAAGAACCAAUCUUAAUAACCGUUUCUCCAAGUACGAGAACUCUGCCAGCCACCACAACUCCUACAACAUUACCAUCAUCGAGUUCAGAAAUGACRUCAACUACGGCAAAACUUUUGGGAACAAAAACAAGGAACCAAUAUACAGACGAUAAAACUGAACUAAGCUCUUGGCUGRUUGUCGUUAUCGCUACUGCUGUACUUUUAGUCAUCUCUGGUUUGUUUAUUGUGGUUAUUUUCGUUAAAAAGAACAGGAGGGGCCAAAGCAACAGUCCACUAAGGAUUCGCUCUGCUCCGGAACAAACGAGCCAGAAUAUCAUGAAUGGAUGCGGAUCAGAUAACAUUGUAUAUAUGGAAAGUAUGGUUGAUAUGAAGAGCCAAAUAACAAGUUUACCAACAGAUAAUAUUCUGUACGAAAGUGGUGGCAACCCAUAUGAAACAUUUGACCCCAAAUGUCAACUCACUGAUGAAGUAUAUGCAUUAAGCCGUGAAGAUGAAACUCAARGCAUAAUGAUGACGAGUGCAAAUCCAAUUUACGAGGAAAGUGUAGCAGAUGAACAUCGAAAUAAGUUCAGAGGAGUUGAUAACCUAGCAGGGCUUGGAGCUACUGAUGAAUAUGCCACCAUUGACGAAGUCUAACGACAUGACAGUAGACUGGAUGAAGCACUUGAACACUUUGAUAAUAAUUUCCGUUCUCUUCUCUUCUCUUCUCUUCUCUUCUCUUCUCUUCUUACCGCUCUUUUCCCACUUUCUCGGCUACGCCUCGAGUUUGUAUAUCGGAUACAACGCGGCCACUCGUACUGUAUAUAUUAUAUAGGAAUGUCUAAAUGACCGGCUGCAGUAUUUAGACCGAACUCGCGGGUGUAUAUGUAAAAAUCCAUCCUCAUUAGCCUCGGUUUCGUGUACGAUUGUUCCAUGAUAUAACCAAUGCAAAGAAUAAAGAAUAACAGGCUUGGCUAA